AUGGAAGACCUAAUACCAAAACCACCACCAAACACAAAUCCAACCAUACCAAUUCCCCCUUCAACACAGCCGGUCCCAAUCAAGCCUGCCCUGAAACAGCCAAUUCCAACAAAGCCACCUUCAGGUGUACCAAAGCCACCUGAUGCAGAUUUUUCAGUAAAACUUGCAGGAAGUCAGAUCCAACCAAAGCCUUUACCAACCAUACCUAAACAACCUCAACCUAUACCAACACAACCUCAACCCAUACCAACACAACCUCAACCCAUACCAAAACAACCUCAACCCAUACCAAAACAACCUCAAACUAUACCAAAGCCACCUCCAAAAAUCCCACAACCUCUGCCAAAUAUACCGCCUGACAAUAGAUUCAGUGAAUUAACAUCAUCACCACCACCACCACCACCAAAGAAAACUAUUCCACAACCUCUGCCAAAGAUACCACCCACUGAGAGAUCCAAUGAAAUCCCACAGCCUCCACCUAAGUCAUCACCACAACCCUCCCCCAAGCCUGAACCCAAGCCUGAACCCAAACCUGAGCCCCAACCAGCUCCCAAGCCUCUGCCUAAGCCUGAUCCCAAAACACCCACAAAGCCAGAGCCCAAGCCAGAACCCAAACCUGAACCAGAACCUAAACCAGCACCUAAACCAGAACCUAAACCAGCACCUAAACCAGAGCCUAAACCAGCACCUAAACCAGAACCAGAACCUAAACCAGCACCUAAACCAGAGCCUAAACCCGCACCUAAACCAGAACCUGAACCUAAACCAGCACCUAAACCAGAGCCAAAACCAGCACCUAAACCAGAACCUGAACCUAAACCAGCACCUAAACCAGAACCUAAACCCGCACCUAAACCAGAACCAGAACCUAAACCAGCACCUAAACCAGCACCUAAACCAGAACCUGAACCUAAACCAGCACCUAAACCAGAGCCGAAACCAGCACCUAAACCAGAACCUGAACCUAAACCAGCACCUAAACCAGAACCUAAACCAGCACCUAAACCAGAGCCAGAACCUAAACCUGAUCCCAAACCUGAUCCCGGUGCAAAGCCAUGA